AGGAGGUUCCCAUCCACAUGCUUGUAAAUGUGUUAUUUUGACUCACGUGCGAUGACUGAAUGAAUAAACAGCAUUACCUUUACUCACUGGUGCCGCCACCCACCUAUCGUCUUCAACGUCUCUAUUAUUUUGUCACUCUUCACUCAGUUUCACUCUACCGAGUCUUCACAUCCCUCACUUGUGCGCCAAAAGUCCAUUCAAAGACCUCAACUUUCCUUUAUCAAAAAAAAAAAAAAAAAAGACCUCAACUUUCCUUUAUUCCAAACAAGGUACACACUCUUUUUCCUCUCCUCUUAAUGAAUCCUUUGUGACUUUACUGAUUUUGAUCAGUUCGCUACUGUGUUUUUGUGUGUAAUUACAGUGUGGUUUGUAGUUUUUUUUUUUUUUUUUUUUUUGGGUGUGGGAAUUGCUAAAUAAUUUGUCGAAUUCUCUGAGUGUUUGUAAUGGCUGGUGGGUCAUCGAGUGUUGGGUUUUUGAGAAACGAGGUUGUUUUGGGGAAGAUGUGGAGUCGGGGUGUGGUUGUAGAGAGUGUGAGAGUCAGAAAUGUGGUCAAGGUGGUGGCUUUGCCAGUGUUGUGUAGAAAAAAUAGGAGGGUUGUGGUGGCGAAUGUUUCAAAAUCAAACCCACUUGGUGAAUCGCAGUCUGGUGUGGCCUCUGUUUCGGUUUCGAAAGAAGGAGGUAAUAGUGAUAGUGGUAGUGUUGUAGGGAAAGAUAUUAGGAUUUUGGAAACUGGGUUUGAAGUAAAAGCUGAUAUUGAUGGGAGUGGGGGUGGGGAUGUGCUGGGUGGAAGUGGAAAUGGGAGCUUUAGCAGUGGUGGAGGAGGUGGUGGAGGUGGAGAUGGUGGUGAUGACAAAGAAGAAGAUGAGUUUGGGCCAAUUUUGAAGUUUGAAGAGGUGAUGAAGGAGACAGAGGCUAGAGGGGUUAGCCUUCCUUCGGAUAUGUUAGAGGCCGCGAAGAGUGUGGGGAUUCGCAAAUUGCUUCUUCUUAGAUAUUUGGAUCUGCAGGGGUCAGUCUGGCCUCUGGGUUUUGCAAUGAAGUCAUGCUCUAUGCUUCGGAAUCGAAUGUUGGCUGAUCCGUCCUUUCUUUUUAAAAUUGGAACUGAGAUAGUCAUUGAUUCUUGUUGUGCUACAUUUGCGGAAGUUCAAAAAAGAGGCAAAGACUUUUGGGCAGAAUUUGAGUUGUAUGUUGCGGAUCUGUUGGUUGGAGUGGUGGUUAACGUUGCUUUGGUUGGUAUGUUGGCACCCUAUGCUCGUUUUGGGGGACCAUCUGUAUCUAAGGGAUUCCUUGGACGAAUGCAGCAUGCUUAUGGAGCUCUUCCUAGCAGUGUAUUUGAAGCAGAAAGACCAGGAUGUAGAUUUACCGUAAAGCAGAGAAUUGGUACAUAUUUUUAUAAGGGUAUUCUGUAUGGAAUAGUUGGCUUUGGAUGUGGCAUUAUUGGCCAAGGGAUUGCAAAUUUGAUCAUGACUGCCAAGCGGAGUAUAAAAAAAUCAGAAGACGACAUUCCUGUGCCACCACUUUUGAAGAGUGCUGCUCUGUGGGGUGUAUUUCUUGCAGUUUCUUCCAACACCCGUUAUCAGAUCAUCAAUGGACUGGAACGUCUGGUAGAAACAUCUCCUAUAGCAAAGCAGGUUCCACCUGUUGCAAUGGCUUUCACAGUUGGUGUGCGAUUCGCCAACAAUGUAUAUGGUGGGAUGCAAUUUGUGGACUGGGCUAGAUGGAGUGGGGUACAAUAAUAAUUGUAUGGCGUUUCAAUUUUAAGUUGGAGUUGUUUUUUAGGGGCACUUAAUUAUUUCAUUUUAUGUCUGGUACUCUUUAUUCUAUUGGAUUUUUAUUUUGUACCAUUUCCAAAUCUAGAAAUGCUAGCAGAGGGCUGUUUUAUCCUUGUAGUUUACAUAAGCCCCAAUGCAAUUUGAUCUUUCAAUGAAUUGGCCGAGAUUUGUAUUA